CACAAUCUCACGACGACCCGCCAACGACCUCCACUCUGACACUCCCACUUCUCUGCGCAGCACUCAGCAAUGACACAAACAAGAUAACAUGGAAGCGGUCAACCACAUCAAGCUGCGAGUCGAACGCAGCCAGGCCAAGCCUGUGCUCUCGGCGCUCCUCCACGCCGUCUUCUUCCACCGCCUCCUGGACGCCGUCGAGCCCGAGACGGUCGAGACGAACGAGACGCACGUCGCGUGCGGGGGCAGCGUCGAGAAGGAGGUGGCUGCUAGAGUGGACGAGUUUGGGCGCGAGUUUAUCGACGUGGGGCGGGACUCGGGCGAGAUCGCCGUCGUGUUCCUCCAGCGUAAGAACCGUAAAGGCUGGUUUGCGGUCACUGAGGCCCUCGUACCGUGGGAGGAACACCUCAUCACGAUCCACUUCGUCAAGCGCGCCACGACGAAUCCGCUGCCUGGCGCCCUGCUGCAGCUGCUGACGUUUUGUGCGGAGCGCAAGGAUAAUGUCCCGCCAUUAGUCGGCACGAGUGACCAAAACAAUCUCUCACAUCAAAUCUUAAUCUCUCCCCCGCCGCCAUCAGACCUCUUCGCGCCCUCUUCCCCGCCGUUAGGCCCGACAAGGCUCACCUCCCCCCCACCAGCACCCGUACAGGGCACGACGACAGCCACAGCCCUCGCAGACAUGGACAUGCCGCGCGCGUACCCCGCCGCGCCGCGCUCCACGUCCCUCGGGCCGCGCGGCAAGUCGGCGUCCGCAGGCGCGCUGUACGACGCCGGGUCGGCGCGCCGCUCGAGCUCGCCGAUGACGGCCAUCAGCGACGCCGGGACUAGCGCCAUGGGAUACCUCGAGCAGGCGAAGGACGGGCUCUUGGCCGUUGGGGCGAAGGCCGGGUGGGGGGGUAAGGUCGGUGCUGCGUUCGGCGGGCGCGGGUAG